UUGUAGGGUUCCAAGCAUCAGCCUUUCUUUUCUCUGUCUACAAUCACUCUCCUGAGCCUCUCAUCACCAUUUCUCUCUCAAGAUUGCUUUUUUAGCCUCUGUUUUUGUUGUGGGAUUUGGCUUGUUACUCUUUUGCAGUAGUGGGUUCUUCAAACUCUUGCUUCUUCUGGGCACCUUUUUGCAUUUUGAUCCAAAUUCUUGAAAUUUUAGGCUGUUUACCACCUGGGUUUUUGUGGGUUGGCCUUUAGAUUUUCGUUUGCAAGUUCGGAUUUUGUUGGGGUACAUUGAUAAAGAAGCAAUCUUUUUUUGAAAAUUUCCAGCUGAAAUUUUUUGAAAUUUGUGGUGAUCACUUCUGGAUUUUGAUUAAGUUAUUUUCGGUGUGUUUUCCAUCUGGAUUUUGGUGGGUUGGCCUUAGUUUCUGGUAAAAAAGCAAUCUUAGAGAAUUUCUCCCCUAGAAUUUGUUGCUGAAAAUCAGGGCCAUUUUCAGGAUUUUCUUGAAAUUGGCAAUUAGUUUUGAGUGUUUGAUGUGAGGUAAGAAAUGCCAGCAACAGAUUACCAAGGGGCAGCGUCUUCUUUUGCAAAUUUUGGGCGUUCAAUUUUGAGUAUUCGCAGGGAUCAGGUCCAUUCAAUGGAUUCCUCUCAUGAGGCCACAAGCCAAGAACUUGAGCUUGAGGCCUUCCAGAAGCUAGUGGCUGAAAGGUUCAAUGAUCUACUGGCUGCAGAUUCCAGUGAGCUGCUCUCUAUUCCAUGGAUUCGUAAGCUUUUAGAUGUUUUUCUGUCUUGCCAAGAUGAUUUCAGAGUUAUACUUUUUAAUAAUAGGGCUUACUUUAAUAGAGCCCCAAUGGAUCGUCACAUUUCUGAGUUUUUUGAGAGGAGUGUUAAGGCUUUGGAUGUUUGUAAUGCUAUUCGUGAUGGUAUUGAGCAUAUAAGAUCAUGGCAGAAGCAAUUGGAAAUUGUUUUAUGUGCUUUGGAUAAUCAUAAGAGCUUCGGGGAAGGCCAUUUCCGACGUGCAAAAAAGGCUUUGAUUGAUUUGGCUAUUGGUAUGCUGGAUGAGAAAGAGAGUAAUACUACUCUUGGUCAUAGAAAUAGGUCUUUUGGGCGCCAAAAUGCUCAGAAAGAUCAGAGGUCAUUAGGCCAUUUUCGAUCAUUAUCAUGGAGCGUUUCGCGGACUUGGUCAGCAGCUAAGCAGCUACAAGCAAUUGGGAACAAUUUGGUUGCUCCAAGAGCUAAUGAAGUCAUGGCCACCAACGGAUUGGUGGUGGCUGUUUUCACCAUGAGCUAUGUGCUAUUGUUUGUAAUGUGGGCUCUUGUUGCUGCCAUUCCUUGCCAGGACCGAGGCCUCGGGACACAUUUCUCUGUCACCAGGCAGUUUAUUUGGGCUGUGCCUAUACUGACCCUUCACGAGAGGAUUGUGGAGGAGUCCAGGAAAAGGGACCGCCGAAAUGCUUGUGGGUUGUUGAAGGAGAUUCAUGAGAUUGAGAAAUGCGCGAGGCAUAUGAAUGAGUUGACUGAUUCUGUUCAGUUCCCUUUGACGGAUGAAAACGAGGCAGAAGUGAGGCAGCGAGUACAGAAGCUAGGACUUGUUUAUGAAGCAGUAAAGGAUGGACUGGACCCGCUGGAGCGCCAGGUUAGAGAAGUAUUCCACAGGAUUGUUCGCAGCAGAACCGAGGGUCUAGACACCAUGGGUCGUGCUAAUACUAAUUAGUCAUGGUUGAUAGAUUUAUGUCUAAAGUUGCUUCUGGCAACAAAUGUAGAGCUUGCAAAUAUGUUAUGCAGUUUUGUUUUCCAUAGAUGAGAAUGAGAAUGAGAAUGAAAUGAGGCAAUAGGCCAAGAAUAAUAAGGAUCAUAGAGGUAAAGCUUUGUAUUUAUCACAAUAUAUUAUAUGUAAAGAAAAUUAGGUGAGAUUACUGGGCGUCAUUGAUGUUGUGCUGCAUCUUGUGUUGGCUUUCUACAAUCAAAUUUCCAACUAGAUUUGCUUCAGGCUUCUGUUAUUCUCAUAAAGUCUAAUAGCGUGCAGAAGCUUCAUCUCUGGUCAACAGUUACAAUGGAUUUGGUCAAUAUUUGGGGAUUUCUUGAUUGGAUUUCUGACUUCCAAUCCAUUUGUGAAUUUCCACUGUCAAUUGUCCUCUUUGUCGUGCCAUUAAAAUAACUGCUUUGACUUGCUCAAAGUCACCAAUGUUUUUAUUCUUUCUUGCCCUUUCAGCUCUCAAACAGAAACCUCCCUCCUGGACACUUGAUUGCCUUGUUGGAUUUGAAGCACAAUGAUCAUCUA